AUGGCUGGUAGAAACGAUGUUGCGAUUGCUGCUGCUUUGGAGGCUAUGGCUCAGGCUUUGGCAAAUCAGCCAAAUGCUGAUGAGAAUGCGGGAUCUCGCAGUUUGGCGACCUUCCAGAGGGAGAAUCCGCCGGUCUUUAAAGGCAAGCAUGACCCUGAUGGCGCAUUGGAGUGGUUGAAGGAGAUUGAGAGGAUCUUCCGUGUGAUGGACUGCACUCAGGCACAGAAGGUUCGGUAUGGAACUCAUAUGCUGGCAGUCGAAGCAGAUGAUUGGUGGCUAGAGACUCGCCAGAGAUUGGAAGCUGUUGGUGAAGAGAUUACUUGGGUUGUGUUCCGCAGAGAGUUUUUGAGGAAGUAUUAUCCUGAAGAUGUUCGUGGUAAGAAGGAGAUUGAGUUCCUUGAGCUGAAACAGGGGAAUAUGUCAGUGACAGAGUAUGCUGCAAAGUUCACUGAGUUGGCUAAGUUCUACCUGUACUAUGAAGGAGCAGGUGCUGUGUUUUCAAAGUGCAUCAAGUUUGAGAACGGAUUGCGCUCUGAGAUCAAGAAAACUGUUGGGUACCAGAAGAUUCGUGUCUUUUCUGAUUUGGUUGAUAGUUGCUGA